UUCCCCGAUCAAUAUAUUCAUUGCCCGUGUAUUUUGCAGUUACGUCAUAGGAAGACUGUUUUAUCAUGUGGAGAUUUAAUUUACGUCUCUCUGUUUUUAACCAAGUAUUAUGUUUUAUCUUUGGCAGGCGAGAGACCAGACUCUCACUCUGACCGUGGAAAGGGUCCUUCAGGGGAACGAGACCCAGAGACGCCCAAACCAGCGAGACCACACCACUGCUCCCAGUGUAAUAAGAGUUUUAAGUGGUUAUGUAAGCUGAAAAAGCAUGAGAAAAUACACACAGGAGAGAAGCCUUUCCAAUGCUCCCAGUGUGGAAAGAGUUUUACCCAGUUAGGGACCCUGAAAAGGCAUGAGAGAAUACACACAGGAGAGAAACCUUUCCACUGCUCCCAGUGUGGAAAGGGUUUUACACGAUUAGGGAACCUGAAAAAGCAUGAGGGAACACACACAGGAGAGAACCCCUUACAAUGCUCUCAGUGUGGAAAACGUUUUACCAAGUUAGGGAACCUGAAGGAGCAUGAAAGGACACACACAGGGGAGAACUCUUAUCGUUGCUCUCUGUGUGGAAAGGAUUUUACCAAGUUAGGGAGCCUAAAAGUACAUAAAAGAAUACACACGGGAGAGAAACCUUUCCAGUGUUCUCAGUGUGGGAAAGGUUUUACACGGUUAGGGCAUCUGAAGGAACAUAAGAGAAUACACACAGGGGAGAAACCUUUCCAAUGCUCCCAGUGUGGAAAGGGUUUUACCUUGUUAGGGAACCUGAAUAUGCAUGAAAAAACACACACAGGAGAAAAGCCGUACCAAUGCUUCCAGUGUGGAAAGAGCUUUACACAGUUAGGGAACCUGAAGGAGCACGAAAAGACACAUACAGGGGAGACAUCUUACCAUUGCUCUCUGUGCGGAAAGGAUUUUACAAGGUUAGGGAACCUGAAAAGGCAUGAGAGAUUACACGCGCUCUUUCCAACGCGCCCAGUGAGGAGCAGGACUUGGAACCGGUUCAGGGAACAGAACCUAAACCCGGAAAAGAGCAAAGCAUUUGAGGAACAGAAACAGAACCGAUAACGAAAGUGAUCUCUGCCGUUCAAGAACAGAACCGUUAUUUUUUUUAAAGCUUGGGAACCGGUUAAUGUUAUUUUAAAAUGUAAUUGUGGAAAUCUAACUUUUCAAAAGUUCUUAUUCUGUUAAAAUCAUACCCAAAUAAUGUCUACUCGUAUUUUAUACACCCGUGAGCAAAAAGGGUGUAACUGAAAUAGCAAAAUCCAAUCGUUUGAAGUGGUGUCCACAUACAUAUGACCAUGUGGUCUACCUCAUCAAUGUUCCCAUCAGUAUUAUUCCACCAUGAUAAAUGCAAAUGUUUUUUUCUUAAUAUAAUUAAAAUGUGUAACGCCAUUAGUGAACGUUCAUUAUAUACAUCUAUGUACUGUUACAUGUAGGAGCAGUAUAGACCUAGUCUGUUCGUUAUAUACAUCUACAUGAUGUAUUGUUACACCAUGUAGGAGCAGUAUAGACCUAGUCUGUUCAUUAUAUACAUCUACAUGAUGUAUUGUUACACCAUGUAGGAGCAGUAUAGACCUAGUCUGUUCAUUAUAUACAUCUGCAUGAUGUAUUGUUACACCAUGUAGGAGCAGUAUAGACCUAGUCUGUUCAUUAUAUACAUCUGCAUGAUGUAUUGUUACACCAUGUAGGAUCAGUAUAGACCUAGUCUGUUCAUUAUAUACAUCUACAUGAUGUAUU